AUGUCAAAAAAGUCGAAGACCGAACACUUCAAUGACGACACAACAAAAUGCAAUGACGAAUCAACAAAAUCAAAUGACGACACAACAAGAUCCAAUGACGACACAACAAAAUCCAAUGACGAAGCAACAAGAUCCAAUGACGAAGCAGCAAAAUCCAAUGACGACACAACAAAAUCCAAUGACGAAGCAACAAGAUCCAAUGACGAAGCAGCAAAAUCCAAUGACGACACAACAAAAUCCAAUGACGAAGCAGCAAAAUCCAAUGACGAAGCAGCAAAAUCCAAUGACGACACAACAAAAUCCAAUGACGACACAACAAAAUCCAAUGACGAAGCAGCAAAAUCCAAUGACGACACAACAAAAUCCAAUGACGACACAACAAAAUCCAAUAGUGAAUCAACAAAAUCCAAUGACGAAGCAACAAAAUCCAGUGACGAAUGUUGUUCUACAAAGGCAUGCGUUUCAGAAACAAGUUAG